AUGUUCGACAUUUUCAAACAAUAUGGUCUGGUUUUGGAGGUGGUUAUCCACCCAAAACACGAUAAAUGGGGGAAGCGAUGCGACUAUGUAAGAUUCAAAAAAGUUGAUGAUGAAAGACUUAUGGAAAUCAAACUUGACAGUAUUAUGGUUAAUGGUAGAAAGCUAUAUGCCAAUGUGCCUAAAUUUCAACGAACUGGUAUGUGGACUCGCAAUGAAGAAAGGAUGUAUCAGCUAUACAAAACAAACAUACACUUGGAAAGAUCUAAAGAAAGUGGCCAAAACCUAGGACAAAAUAUUCGACCAAAUAUCACUUUUGCUCAGGCAGUAUCUGGUCAUAAAAGAGGUAGGAGAGAUAAUAUUAUAGGGAGAAUCAUUAGGAACAAACCUGAAGAUUUGAAUAAGGACUUUCUAGACACAAAACCUACAUUCGAACACUUGCAAUUCAACAUUGAUAAAGAAGAAAUACAAAGAUUUGAGGUGCAUCCAUGGUCGCCAGACGAUGUGGAUAACGAGAGACUUACCUGGAUACGCUGCUAUGAACUUCCUUUCCAUGCACAGUGCCCUUGA